AUAAAUACGGCUGCGCGCAACGCACAGUUAGACAUUUUAGCCCCCAAAAUCAAAACGAAAGACGCAACUGAGCAAGAACCGUUUGGAGAAUCCGGCUCCUACCUUUUGAUUAUCCUCUCUGCUUUGCUCUACAUUUUUUAUAUUCUAUAUUUAGUAUAUCCAGCUCACUAUGUUGGCCAUGGGUGGAUUAUAUGUGAAGCACGUCGUGCUGGCAGCGCUGUGCUCCGUGCUGGCCACAGGGACGCUGGGGUCCCCGGUGGUGGGGCCAGAGCCGAUCCGAUGCGCCCCGUGUUCCCCGGAGAAGCUGAGCCAGUGUCCGGCGGUGGCGCCCGGAUGCGCCGAGGUGCUGCGGGAACCCGGCUGCGGAUGCUGCCUCGCCUGCGCCCUGAAGGCUGAGGAGCUGUGCGGGAUCUACACGGCGCCGUGCGGCUCCGGACUGAGGUGCACCCCGAGACCCGGCGACCCCCGGCCGCUGCAUUCCCUCACCCGGGGACAAGCCUUGUGCACGGAGAGCACUGAGCCCGAGCCGACCCCCGAGCCCCAGACACAAGAUCAGGGAGAGCCAGAGGCUGAGAUGGAGAACACAGCCAUCGUCUCGGACCCCAGCUCCAGCCACUACCUCCCCGGCCACAGUAAGCCCUACGACCCGAGGGCUGCUGCCGAGGCUCAGGGGAGCAUGAAAGCCAAACUCACCGCCAUCCGAAGGAAACUGGUCGAACAGGGACCCUGUCACGUUGAGCUGCAGAGAGCCUUGGACAAGAUUGCCAAAUCCCAGCAGAAAUUAGGGGACAAAUUAACCAGAUUCUACCUCCCCAACUGUGACAAACACGGGCUUUACAAACCAAAACAGUGUGAGUCCUCUCUGGACGGACAGAGGGGUCGAUGCUGGUGUGUGAACCCCUGGAACGGCAAGAAGAUUUUAGGUUCGACUGACCUGCCUGCAGAUGCCGAGUGCCCUUUAAGAGAUCAACCACUGAUAUAGAUCUCACUAAAAAAAAACAAGAAGAAGUAAGCCACUGAUUUUUUCCUUUUUUUUGAUAGCUGUUUAUUUAUUGAUCUUGUCCAUGGUGGUGUUUAAUUCAGGUACACUGUCAUUGCGGGGCUUCGGGUCCCAGCUAUCCUGAUCCCCUCCCUCCCUCCUCUUCAAACACCCGUCCCAAAGAGAAAAAAAAGAUCUAUUUUUGUUUUUCUGAAAAGAAGAUUUUAAUAUUGAUGCAUUUUACUUAUACUCUUCAGCCUUAUUUAUUUCAACUUUAUUUCAUUUUAUUUGUUUUUUGUAAUUAUUUUAUGAGUAUUUAUAUCAUUUUCUGCCUUAUUGUUAUUAUUAUAUUAUUAUUUUUAUGGGUGUAUAAAGUGUAUAUAUGUAUCUUGGCCCUGAGUAACUCCACUGCUGAGUUGAGCUCGCUCUACCCUUAAGGAGUUGUCUGGAGGUUUGGUUUGUGACAAACCAAGCAAGAACAAAAGCACUGAGUUACCAAAUGUCAUUUAGAAGUAUUUCUAAAUGUUGUUUUUAUGAUUCAUUUUCACCUUGUUGCCAUUGUUAUGUCUUUUUUUUAUUUGAUGUUUUGACACAUGAUCAGCUCUUGUCAGUGAAUGCAAAACUCUCAGUUGGGAAUCCUUAAACAGUACUCAGAAAACAUUUCCCAUGGUUCCAUGGGGUUGCAGUUUGCAUGACAGGCAGUGCCUCCCUGCGCCGCCUCUCAGACGGGUAUUUCUACAUUUACCUACCUCCAAUAUUUAUGUGUCUGCUGUCGGUUGUGUUGAUGUAUCUGUCGAAAAACUUGCUAGUUUCCUUUACAUGUUGCUGUUCUCUCUGACCAAGAACACAUGACCACAAAGAGCGAGUCACGCCUCUGCUCUUCAUCCACAUGCUGCUGUUGGGGGGGAGAAUUAUUGUUUGUGUGAGUCUAUUCCAAAGUGACAAACUGCUCACAUGUGUGUAUGUAUACUUUUGUAAUUGAGAUGUAAUGUAAGAAGAAAAAAAAAGGUGAUAUAUUUAAUAAAAACA